AUGUUGGUUCUUGCCGUUUUGGAGAUGGUCGUAUUGAUAUUCAGUGUGGCCGAAGCGUUGGCUUUUGGAAUUGCCGGAUGCGGAAAGACGAAAAAGGGAUCCAAGAAGGGUGAGUUGCCAAAAUUCGCCUUCCCUUUCUGAUCAAACUGAUUUCGAAUUUUCAGGCGGCAAAAAAGACAAGAAAGAUGACAUCCCGGCGAAGGUCGACAAUGCCAAAACCAAAAUGGCAACGACCUUGCAGACCGAGGGCACGAUGGUGGAGGAGGAUCCGGAUCUCAAGACCCGAAGCAACUAUCACUUCGAGGACAAGAAAACACCCGAUCCUGCAGCUGCGGCCCCGGCCAACGACCCGGCCAAGCCUCAAGAACCGACUGUGAAGACGGCUCAAGUUCCCGCCUAG